GAGCAAAUUGAGUCUUUAUUAUGCUUGGAUUCACCAGGUGUUUGCUGUGUAGGUAUUUGGGGCAUGGCUGGUAUUGGCAAGACCACCCUUGCUGAUGCUGUAUUUCAAAGGCAGUGGCAGUCCUCUAAAUUUGAAGCUUGUUGUUUUCUCGCAAAUGUCAGGGAGAAAUCAGAAAAAACGGAUGGACUAAAUGACUUGCGAAAUACACUUGUUCAUGAAUUAUUAAAGGAUAAAUAUGUAAAUAUCAACACUCCGUCUAUACCGGCUAAUAAUAUUCUAAUUAGGCUCAGGCGUACGAAGGCGCUCAUUGUUCUUGAUGAUGUGAAUGCUCGAAAACAACUAGAAUAUCUUGUUGGUGAUGAUGAUCGGUUUUGCCAAGGAAGUCGAAUCAUUAUAACUGCUAGAGAUAAAGGCCUACUACUUGAGCAAAAAGUUGACCCUGAAAAGAUAUACAAUGUUGAGGGAUUAGGUUCUGAUGAAGCUCUCCAGCUUUUUCAUUCGCAUGCUUUUCAUGGAAAUAAGUCUCCAACAAUAGAUUACAAUGAGUUCUUGUCAAGAGAGGUGGUGGAUUAUGUUAAGGGCAAUCCAUUAGCUCUUAAAGUUAUGGGGUCCUUGUUCCGUCGUUGCACGAGCAAACAAGAGUGGGAAGCGCAAUGGAACAAAUUGAAACGAUUUCCAAACGAAGAUAUCGAUCGAGUGUUGAGAAUAAGUUACGAUGGAUUAGGAAUACAUGAGCAGGAGAUAUUUCUUGAUAUAGCAUGUUUUCUCUGUCUUCAAGAAGGUCAUGAGAGGAAGUAUGUAAAAGAAUUAUUAGAUAGUCGUGAUUUCCAUGGGGAAGCGGGAAUCAAUCAUCUUAUUGAUAGGUCUCUCAUAUCAAUUUCAAAAGGAGGACGGAUAGAGAUGCAUAAUUUCGUGCGACAAAUGGGUAGGGGAGAUGGACAUGUUCAAGCCAUAUCCUUUGACUUGUCUAAGAUUGAAAUGCUACGCUUGGAGUUGGAACAUGCAAGCUUCGAAAAGAUGCAUCAACUGAGAUCACUACGUGUCUGUAAUAAUCGUCCAGUAAUUGGUUCUCUUGAUCUUCCCAAUUCUCUUAGAUAUCUUGAAUGGAGCGCAUAUCCUUUGAAAUCUUUGCCAUCAAAAUUUUCUGCUCAAAAUCUUGUUGUCCUUAGUAUGUCGGGCAGUGAAGUUGGGGGGCAACUUUGGAAUCAAGACCAGGCAAAAGCUAUGCUCCAGUGUAUAUGCAGAUUGGAUGCAAGUACAACUUCAAAACUAGUAAUGGUGAAAGCCACGAAGUCAACCAUCUGCUCCCUAAAAAUGUCUUUGCAAAUUGCAAGCAGUGAUUCUCUUGAGGUGGUUUUGUGGUGGUAUAAUAAUGAAUUUGAAGUAGUAGAGGGAGCUUGA